AUGCAGGAAGAGCAACCCGCAGAAUUCUCCAUCGUUGACCCGUUGUGCAGUCGAUAUGCAAACACUGUAACCGGUCAGUUUGUGGCUGGUAGUAAAAUUGUUUUAUCAGCCUUCCGACCUAUUACCAGCAGUACGAGAGAUGCUCCUACCGAAUUCGCUGGCAAAGAUGAUGUGGUAAUACAUAUGCUACAGCCUGAGUUUAUAUUCGAUGACCCCAUACUUCGUAGUCUUGUCGCUGAAGCAAAUUCGACAUUUGUAAUUCUCCAAGAGCUUAAAAGACGGGGUUCAAAAGCAGAAUACACCAAAAUAUCCCGUACUUAUCGCAGCAUAAUUCGUGCUUGUUUAGAAAAAUUGCAAGAUAUUGUUAUAAGUGAAGGCGAAGUUGGAGAGACCGAAGCAAAAUCUAAAUAUCAUCAAUAUAUUUCGAUAUUUUAUUCGAUUGAAUGCGUGUGGCAUUUAAGCGAAAUAUUAUUUUUGGACCCAACGCCGUCAAAUGCAGUAGUGCCGCAGCUUUUGGAAUGGGUGCGCUUUCAUUUCCCAGCAGCAGAACGAAUGGCUACUGAUCUUUUGUUGCUGGGCCGUGAAGCAAGUGACAGUGAUGAAUAUUGGCCAGCCCUUAAAGGGCUGAUAAUGCAAGGGCAAGUGGAUGUGGCGCGUGCUUUAUUACAUCUACAUCCGCAAGCGGAAACUGCUCACUUUAAGUUAACUGAGCAAAUUUUGAAAACAAUGCCUACUUACAGUGUCCAUGGUGGUGCUUCUAUACAAAAAUUUCGAUCACAAUGGCAGUACUGGUUGACUGACACAGAACGUAAGAUUUCUGCAAAUAUACUUGCAAUCGAGCCGAACCUCGAGGAACUCAUACAGUUGGUAACAGGGGAAACUCGGAUUUGGAAUACGCAAAUACAAGAAACUCAAUACUGGUAUGAGCUCUUGCCAGGCUACCUGUUCCUCACAAAUCCUGCCUGCAAGCAUUUUGAGCUGGGCAAUGCAGCGAACACAUGGCUAUCACGUUGGGCGCGUCUGAAAGGACAUAACAGUAAUGAAUUGCAAAUGAAACACUUAGAUCGAGUAAUACUUAGUUUAAUGGAAAACGAUAUGCAUCAAGUAGUACACGCAAUACAGUUGAUGGCAGAUAAUCAGUGGUUUGUCACGCACCUCACAGACCUUCUCUACAAUUGUUGCCAGUUGCAAAUAGUUGGCGAAAACCAAUUGACUGAUUGUAUAAAACUACGGGACUCACUUCUUUAUGACUUUGGAAGCUCUCUAAUGACGCGGAAUUCCUUGUGGCAAUUAGGCAUGGACUAUCUUGACCAUUGCGGACAAGAGGGUCAAGCGGCGUUGUCUAUGCUACUAACGAAGAUACCGUUACGUACCGAGAAACAAGCAUUAAAAAUUAUUGGGAUCGCACAAAAGAAACGAUUUUUCGCUGUUGAGCAGGAAAUUUGCAAAAUACAGUCAAAAAUUUCACUAAACGAGCACCGUUAUGGAAACGCCUUAGAGUGGGCUAUUCGCUCAAAGGAUACACUCUACGUAACUUCAAUAGCGGAUUUUUUAUUAAAUCACUAUUCAAAAACUGGAGAUAUGCUUUGCCCAGAUGUUAUCGCAAACGUUGGCCCCAAGAUGUUCAUCUCCCCACGCUUAGUCUUUUUAGUGAAAUAUUUUGAUUUUUAUCAAUUUUAUAGGAAGAGGGAUUUUUUGCCAGCUGCGGAACUCUUGGUUAACUUGCUGGAAUCCAAGAUUACGCCAGAAUACUUCUGGCCUUCAUUGCUGAUUGAUUCCAUUCCUUUACUGGAAUCGAAAGAUCCAAAAAUACUUUCUAAAGAGACAUGCGCGAUACUACAUCACUUGGAAUCCGAGCUGGUACCGUUAAUUGAUAAGAAGAAAAAGCGGCUGGAGAAGUAUCCUGAUGAGCCAAUCGAAAUUCUUAAGGACUAUAGAAUAGAAAAUAUUGAAGAAAUUAUUAAUCUACUACGUCUUGCUUGUGCUCGCAACUUGUCUCGGGCUAUUAUAAUCGAAAACACUAUUAUGGGGUGAAUACUAAUUAUCAUUAAAUAUUUAUUUGUUUAAAACUAAAAUGCUAAAUACAAACUGUUUACAUCUACACCAGUUUUAGAGACAAAAAUAAUUAAUUUAAUUCUUAAUCACGCCUAAAUAUUGGCCUGUCAAAAAAUUACGAAAAGGUUAACAAAUAAUUACAUUUUAGGGGCUCUUUGUAGUUAUGCUUAAUAUUGCGAGUUUUAAAAGCCAUAUUUAUCAAAUUAAUUCGGUUUUUUGCAAAGAAUAUACUUUGCGUACAUUUUAUCCAGUACACUUCUUGAAAAAUAUAAAAAAUCGGCGAGUGAACAUUACAUUCUGCUUAAAAAGGAAUUACUAAUAAUAUAGAAGAAACUACGUUUUAAAAAUCAUUACAUACAAUG